ACAUUGCCCGAGCCUUUUAGCUUUUCUGGCUCACACACAACUUCCUUUCCUUUUUUAUAUGGAAAUCAGGGAAGAGGGUAGUGUAUAUUAGUAUAUUAGCAUUUCUAGCAGAUUUUUAACUGCCACUGAUGCCCGUUCAUCUUUGCAGUGUGGGUUUUCAUGCUGACAAAUCCUCUGCUUUGCCUUCUGCUCAGAGUCAGGUGGGCCCUUUAUUGAACAGAUUUAUCUGCUACAAGGCUACGCAGAAGGAUGGAAAGGAGGAACACAGGGGGGGAAAAAAAAAUAGAUGAAAGGCCAUGCAUUGAUCACCUGAUGUACUCCAGAGACAAACAUGGCUAUUACAGGUAACAUGGAGCAGCCCUUCUGGCCUUUUCAGUUGUAUUCAGAGAGAUGUUUGCCUGCUGUGAAUAUCUGGGUGCUUGGAGUUCACUCUGAUUUUAACAAGCCCAUCAAUAAUAAAACAUUGUAUUGAUAGAGCAAGAUCUACUUCUGUAAAGUUGUUGCUCCACAGAAAAGCAGCAUAAAGAAGCUAGCUGGAUUAUUUGUAUGAUAUGUAGCUUUUUUAGGAUGUUUUGUUCUUUAUAUGGUGUUCAUUUCAAAUACAAGCGUGUGAACUUUGUGUUCCCUUUUAGGGGCUGGUUCUGGGGUAACAAGGAAACACAAGGCCUAAACACCUCUGGCUUGUCUGUCCAAGGAUCUGCCUCAAUUGUGGCUCCCAUCCUUCUGAAGAACUCUUCAGCACAAGGCAGGGUUCCUGGACGAGGUGACCCAGGACAGCUUCGUGCUGGGCCCGGGCUACGACCGCCCCUAGCAGCUGGAGCCCGCGGUGAGGGAGCCCAAGAGCAUCCAGCUGUACCAGCACCUCAGCCUCAAGAGCUGCAUCUGGACCUUCGACGCUUAUUACGACAUGACCGAGUUAAUUGAUGUCUGUGGGGGCUCUGUCACCGCUGACUUCCAGGUAAGGGACUCUGCCCAGUCCUUCCUGACAGUCCACGUCCCUCUCUCCGUGUCCUACAUCUGUGUGACGGCACCGAGGGGCUGGGCUUCCCUGGAGCACCGCACCGAGAUGGAGUUCUCCUUCUUCUACGACACCGUUCUCUGGAGGACAGGGAUCCAGACGGACAGCGUGCUCUCGGCCCGCCUGCAGAUAAUCCCCAUCUACACCCGCGAGGACGGACGGCUGGUCAGCGAGUUCAGGACGCAGGCCAAGUUCAGAGCGCUGUUUGUCACGGAGCACCACAGCCUGCCAGAUGUCAGGUCCUCUUUGAGAACUCCAGAGCACCUGGGAGGCAUCGAAUUUGACCUGCAGCUGCUGUGGAGUGCUCAGACUUUUGAUUCUCCCUACCAGCUCUGGAGAGCAACCAGCUCCUACAACAGGAAGGAUUACUCUGGAGAAUACACCAUGUUCCCGAUCCCCUGCACGGUGCAGCCCACGCAGCCGUGGGCAGAGCCUGGAGCCAAGCCCCUGCCCUGCACGGCUCACGCUCCCGAGCGGUUUUUGAUCCUGAUCACCUUCCAGCAGACAAGCCGCCCAGUUCCAGUUGUUUACUCCCAGAAUGCAAGAGUUUCAGAUCUGUAACGACGAGAAGGUUUUUCUAAUGGACCCCACCAAAUCGGAAAGGUCUCUGGCAGAAAUGGAUUACAAGGGGGGCUUUUUCCAAGGGUAGGAUUUACCUCUCCUCUUCUGCUUGUGCCCAGCGUUUCUGCUUUCACAGCUUCCAUUCCCUGGAGAGGAAAGGGCAAAACCCACAGGUAGCUUUGCCUCUUCUACAGCAAUCAUUGACAUCUUACAGCCCUGUGAAAGAGCAGCGUGCUCUGGCACCGCGUUUUGUCACUCCCACCCACCGAGCCCUUCCCAAACAACCCAAACCCUUCUGAACACGGACACUUGGCUCUAGCAGCGUUUUCCUGCUUGGGAAAUUUCACCUGCCCCUCUUUGUCCCGACCUCCCCAGGGCAGAUCCUGUACGGGCACGUGCUCUGGCACCCGGAACAAAACCUCAACGCUGCUUACAAGCUGCAGCUGGAGAAGGUCAACCUGUGCACAGGCAGGGAUGGCUACGUGCCCUUCCUCGACCCCACGGGUACCGUCUACAACGAGGGGCCCCGGUACGGCUGCAUCCAGCCCAACAAGUACCUGAAACACCGAUUCCUCCUCCUGGUGAGUGCUCUGCUCCUGCUUCUUCCCGUUUGGGAUUUGCUCUGGCAACCCGCAGGUGGUGGCUGCAAAGGGAUAAGGGAGCCCGUGGGGGAUGUUUUGUGCUGCUGCUGCUGCUGCUGCUGCAAGCUGUGAACACCAGAUCAGUUUUUCCCCACCCUUGGAGUGUGUUCCUGAAUCGGUGCCCACGUGUAGGUGUGGAGAUGGGGCAUUCGGACUAGAUCCCUGACACAGGUGUUUGGUGGGGCUCUGGCUUCCAGCCUCCCUUGGGAAAGCAGACAGCAUCCCUCACGCCACUUCUCUGACUUUCCAGGACCAAAACCAGCCAGAAGUGAGGGAUAAGUAUUUCCCCGAUGUGCCUUUUGACGCCCACUUUGCUUCCCAGCUGUCCGAGUUCCACUCGGUGAGCAGCAUGCCCGGAGUUGAUGGAUUUACUCUCAAGGUGGACGCUCUCUACAAGGCACUCAUGAGAAGGCUCUUUAAAAACACAUUAUUCGUGUUCCUGAAGGAAUUAAUGCCAUCGCAAAGGCAGGACACCUCACGGGGUGGUCCGUGCUCCCGAGGAGCUCCCCUUGAACACCCGAGGUGGAGCUGCCCCGGGGCGCCCCGAAGGCGGCGGGCGGCCGCUGCUGCACCGUCAGGAACCUUCAUCCACCGAGGGACGCGGCGGCCUCUGCCAGGGCCAGGGCAGGAAAGUGAAGCAGGUGCACAUGGAAGUCAAAGUCCACGGCAAUUUGCACGACGGCACGGAAGUUUCAUGGAGCACACGCAUUGGGAAAAGCUUUUUAUAAACUGUAAAAUAAAGAUAAUCCAAAACUGAAAA